AUGGGUAUUAGCAGAAAAGGUCUCCCAUUAUUCUACGUGAUGCUUUACCUUUCAUUCUUUAUACAUGUAUCCUAUAGUGUUUUGAAAGCCAAAGACCCACCAUCUAGCAAACCCUUUGAACCAUACAGAAUUUUCAUCACUAAUAGAGACAUUGAAACCAUGAUUGUUCAAUGCCCACCAGGAGGUGAUGAAGGUGGUCUCGAGAUACUGAGACCUGGAAACAUCAUGACAUGGCGCUUUCGUAGAAAUCUUUUUGACACGAAUCGCUAUGAUUGUAACUUUUAUUGGUUAAAAGAAGGUAACCAAGUUAUGAAGUCAAUCACUCUUGCUGUUUUCAACAACCGUAUUGCUGGAAUGUGUGGUCGUAAUUUGUUUAGUACGAAUAGAUGUUAUUGGAUGGUUACCAAAUAUGGAUUUUAUCUUUCAAAGCAUAAUCAGACAUUUCCAAAUGUUUAUGAUUGGCAGGUUAUGUAUGUAUGGGAUACGAUCUGA